AAAUCCUUCAAUCGUUGCCCCGUUUUAUCGAUAUGUUGUUCCUAUUGUUCUUCUUUAUGCUUGUGUUUGCCAUUCUUGGCUUUUAUAUGUUUUCACCCAAUCCUUCAGAUCCGUAUUUUUCAACUAUUGGCCAAAGUUUUGUCAGUCUAUUUGUUUUGUUGACGACUGCAAAUUUUCCCGAUGUUAUGAUGCCUUCGUAUAAAAUGAACCGAAUCUCUAGUGUUUUUUUCAUAGCAUUCCUUAUAAUACACGUGUAUUUUUUGAUGAAUAUCAUGUUAGCCGUAGUUUACGAAGCAUUUAACCGAAUAGAAAAAGAAAAGUUUCGUAAACUAUUGCUUCACAGACGCCGGGCCUGUAAACUGGCCUUCAAUUUGUUGGUCACCCAGAAGUUGCCGCAAAAGAUAUCAUACAAACACUUGUUAUAUUUGUUACAAACAUUUGUUACACUCUAUGGACUCGAGGCGUGUCUCAAACUUAUCGGUUUCGGACUGAUCCGAUAUUUUAGUUCCGGUUGGAACAGAUUCGACUUUGCCAUAACCUGUUUGGCCAUUAUUGGCCUCAUAUUUACCGAAUCUAUGCGUUUGCCGUUUAGUUUUGUGUUUGUCCUGCGAUCCAUACGUUUCCUGCAUCUGUAUUGCGAUGAGAUUGUCGAUUGGAUUUUUUUUUUUGAAACUCAGAGGACAUACAUAUAACAGUUGAACAGACAGUCAGUGCUGAAGAGUUAAGAUUUUGUGUGGAAACUAACGGUUCUAACACUACAAGUGGUCAAUCAUCGCGUAAUAUAUCGCAACUGUUGCGAAAUAGUCGCUAUUUUUUCCAAUCCCAGUCCCUGACGUCGAGUAGUGGUUCUAGUGGUGGCUCUGGAGAACAGGUAUAUAAGGGUACCAGAGCUCGAACCAAGUUUUCCUUAAGUCUGAACAUGUAUUGCGAUGAGAUUGUCGAUUGGAUUAAAAAAGCGGAUGAAGAAGAUGGACAACAACGACAACAACAACAGCUAAGAAAUCUACACUCUAUUAGUGGUGAUGACAGCAACAGACAACAGCCGUCCACUUCGGUUACCGAUUCGCAUAACAAUGAAUCUCACGGACGGUAUUCGCGAUUUACUCGUAGAGCUCUCUCAUGUGUUUCUUAAGCGACACGACAUGACAACAACAGACAGUUAUUUAAACACUUAAGAAAACUAUUACUAAUUAUUAUUAUUUCU